CCUACGCCCGGCGGACCCUGCACUCUCAAGUCCAUCCACAGCUCCAUUCAAAGUGCUGAGAUCCGGAUGAGAGCCCCAUACAGCCUCAUCCAGCACAGCAGGUCCGAUUUAAACUAAAAAAAAAAAAAACUGCGGGGAAGGGCUUCAGGAGCCACUCCACACUUCAGGAAUCAUCUCUGGGAUCCUACUUUUGUCCGAAGAGUGGAUUUAGGACGAGAGGGAGCAACUCUUGCGGAGAUAAAGAGGGGGCGACACCUGCAGCCAAAAUGGAGGUGAAAACGUCACUUCUAGACAACAUGAUCGGGGUUGGAGACAUGGUCCUCCUCGAACCCCUAUCAGAAGACGCAUUCAUUGAGAACCUGAAGAACCGCUUUGACCACAAUGAGAUCUACACAUACAUUGGCAGUGUGGUGAUCUCCAUGAACCCCUACAGGUCCCUGCCCAUCUACACGCCAGACAAAGUGGAGGAGUAUCGCAACAGGAACUUCUAUGAGCUCAGUCCACACAUAUAUGCUUUGGCAGAUGAGGCCUACCGCUCACUGAGGGACCAGGACAAGGACCAGUGCAUCCUCAUUACAGGGGAGAGUGGGGCUGGGAAAACCGAGGCCAGUAAGCUGGUGAUGUCAUAUGUGGCAGCGGUGUGUGGGAAGGGCCAGGAGGUGAAUAAGGUCAAGGAACAGCUGCUGCAGUCCAAUCCCGUGCUGGAGGCCUUCGGAAAUGCAAAAACAGUAAGGAAUGACAACUCUUCCAGAUUUGGAAAGUACAUGGACAUUGAGUUUGACUUCAAAGGAGAUCCUCUGGGUGGAGUCAUCAGCAACUAUCUGCUGGAGAAGUCACGUGUGGUGAAACAGCCAAGAGGAGAGAGGAACUUCCACAUCUUUUAUCAGCUUUUGUCUGGAGCUGCCGAUGACACACUCAAGAAGCUGAAGCUGGACCGGGACUUCAGCAAGUACAACUACCUAAGCCUGGACUCUGCUGCAGUCAAUGGGUUGGAUGAUGCUGCCAACUUUAGGACAGUCAGAAAUGCCAUGCAGAUUGUGGGCUUCAUGGAGGACGAGGUGCAGUCGGUGCUGGAGCUGGUGGCAGCCGUGCUGAAGCUUGGAAACAUCGAGUUCAAGCCCGAGUCGCGCUGUAACGGCACAGACGAGAGCCGAAUUAAAGACAAAAAUGAUUUGAAGGAGAUGUGUGAGCUCUUGGGGAUCGAACAGUCAGUGCUGGAAAGAGCCUUCAGCUAUCGAACAGUGGAGGCAAAGCUGGAGAAAGUGUCGACUACCCUGAAUGUGGCCCAGGCCUACUACGCCAGAGAUGCCCUUGCCAAAAAUCUUUACAGUCGCCUGUUUAGCUGGCUGGUUACCAGGAUCAACGAGAGUAUUAAAGCACAAGCAAAAACUCGCCACAAGGUCAUGGGUGUGCUCGACAUCUAUGGCUUUGAGAUAUUUGAGGAUGGAGAUAACAGCUUUGAGCAGUUCAUCAUAAACUACUGCAACGAGAAGCUGCAGCAGAUCUUCAUUGAGCUGACCCUUCGGGAGGAGCAGGAGGAGUAUGUCAGAGAGGGCAUCGAGUGGACCAACAUUGAAUAUUUCAACAAUGCCAUUAUCUGCGACCUCAUUGAGAAUCACCAAAAUGGCAUCUUAGCCAUGUUGGACGAGGAGUGCCUGAGGCCUGGGACGGUCACAGAUGAGACAUUCCUGGACAAACUGAACAUGAUCUGUGCUGAACAUCAACACUUCGAGAGUCGCCUCAGCAAGAAUUCAAAGUUCCUCACUGAUCACAGCCUGCCACACAGCUGCUUCCGCAUCCAGCACUAUGCCGGAAAGGUGCUGUACCGCACUGAGGGCUUUGUAGACAAAAACAACGACCUGUUGUACCGGGACCUGUCACAGGCCAUGUACAAGGCCACCCACAGCCUCAUCAAGCAACUGUUCCCUGAAGGCAACCCAGCCAAAGUCAACCUGAAGAGACCCCCAACAGCUGGAUUCCAGUUCAGAGCAUCAGUGGGUACACUGAUGAAGAACCUGCAAACCAAGAACCCCAACUACAUCCGGUGCAUCAAGCCCAACGAUAAGAAGGCUGCUCACAUCUUCACAGACUCCCUGGUCCGCCACCAAGUGCGCUACCUCGGCCUGAUCGAGAACGUUCGUGUGAGGAGAGCAGGGUACGCCUUCCGCCAAGCCUACGAGCCGUGUUUGGAACGCUACAAAAUGCUCUGCAAGCGGACUUGGCCCCACUGGAAAGGACCUGCCAGGGAAGGAGUCGAGGUGCUGAUGGCUGACCUCCAGGUCCCAACAGAAGAAUACUCAUACGGUCGCUCCAAGAUCUUCAUCAGGAAUCCAAGAACGCUCUUCUUCUUAGAGGAAAGGAGAAGGCAAUGCCUUGAAGACCUGGCCACACUUAUUCAGAAGAUCUACCGAGGCUGGAAGUGUCGCAGCCACUUCCUGCUGCUCAAAGACAGUCAGAUAGUGGUGGCUGCAUGGUACCGCCGAUUCGCGCAACAAAAGAAAUACAAAAAGAUCAAGAGUGCCACCACUGUGGUUCAGUCCUACACCAGAGGAUGGCAGGCUCGCAAACUCCUGAGAGAGCUGAAAUAUCAGAAGAGAUGUGAGGAGGCAGUGACCACCAUCGCAGCCUUCUGGCACGGCACCCAGGCUCGGAUGGAGCUGAGACGUCUAAAACAAGAAGCGCUGAAUAAACACGCUGUGACAGUAAUUUGGGCAUACUGGCAGGGAACCAAGGCCCGGAGAGAGCUGCGUCAGCUGAAGGAGGAGGCGAGGAAUAAACAUGCCGUAUCGGUCAUUUGGGCCGGCUGGCAGGGCACCAAGGCUCGCAGGGAGCUGAGGAGACUGAAGGAAGAGGCCCGGCGUAAGCAUGCUGUUGCUGUGAUUUGGGCCUACUGGCAGGGACUCAAGGUCCGCAGAGAGUACAGAAAAUUCUUCAGGGCAAAUGCCGGCAAGAAAAUCUAUGACUUCAUUAUUCAGAGGAUCAUGCAAAAGUACUUCCUGGGUCUGAAGAGCACCGUGCCCUCCAUGUCCCCCAUAGACAUGAACUGGCCUGCCAGGCCUUACCUGUUUUUGGAUGGAGUCCACACAGAGCUGCGAAGAAUCUUCCACCUGUGGCGGUGUAAGAAAUACAGGAGCCAGUUCACAGAUGAGAAGAAAGCAGUGUAUGAGGAGAAGCUGGAGGCGAGUGAGAUCUUCAAGGAUAAAAAGACUCUCUACCCGAGCAGCGUGAGCCAGCCCUUUAAAGGAGACUACCUGGAGAUCAGCAAGAACCCCAAAUAUCAGAAGCUCAACAGUGCUGUGGACGAGAAGGUGCUGCUGGCAGAUGUGGUCAACAAGAUAAACAGGGCCAACGGCAAGGGAACACCUCGGAUCUUCCUGCUGACUAAGAAGAGUGUGGUCCUGGCUGACCAGAAGACGGGUCAGGUGAAGGCCAGCGUCCCUCUGCCAGACCUCAGCAGCGUGUCGGUCAGCACACAGAGUGACGGCUUCUUUGCUCUCAGACUCAAAGAGGGUUCAGCCUCUGCAAUAAAAGGAGACUUCUUACUGAGCAGUGAGCAUCUGAUUGAGAUCAUCACCAAACUACACCGCAUCGGUGCCACUGCUGCUGACAGGGAGCAGCUCAACAUCGACAUCUCAGACGAGUUUCUGGUGCAGUUCAAGCAGGACAAAGUAUGUGUGAAGUUCAUCCAGGCAGCACUAAAGAAUGGCAACAGCGUGUCCUGCAAGCGCAAGAACAACCGCCUGCUGGAGGUGUCGGUUCCCACUAUGGCGUAGUGCAGCUCCCUCUCGAGUGCUGUUCUCGAGUGCUCAGACGGGAGGCAAUUAAACAUCAUCACUGACACCAUUCACUCUGAUGCAUCACCAUGUGCCCACCCUGAGCCCAGAAAUUACAGUGCGGUUAUUUGGCUUGUAGUGAUUGUUUGUUAUUCCUUCAGUCUCUUCCUAUCAGAUUUACUAUGGCACCAUUAAAGCUGUAAUCUAAUGUAAUGUGCCACUUUUUUGGCAGAGAAAGCCCGUAUCUGGGUUGCAUGCCACAGAAACAUGGUAAAAUGUUCCACGGGUGUUUUGUAGAACUUGGGUAAAGAGAUGAAGAUGGAUGAGAAACAAAUGGUGGAGCUCGAGAGACUUUCUUUAUGCCAGUGGUGACUUUGAUAAUGAUUGUUCUGCCUGCAAGUUGAAUUAGUCUUCAGAGAAAAAGUCAUUCUAAGAAGUUUGUGACAAGCUCCAGCCUCAUCUGGCCUUGACUCAUCCAUUUUUAAGCAGCUCUGGCUUUAAGCAGAUGGCUUAAAACUUGAGGUGAACGGGGAACUUUUGGGCUUGGCUCGACAGAUUUGAGUUUCUCUGAAGAACUGAAAUACUGCACUUGUUUUUACCUCAGUGUAACCAAAAGAGGAUGACCUGAAAAUGAAUUUGAUUGUAUGUUGUAUUAUUUUCUAAAUAUUUUUUCCUCUGAAAACAAAGGAACAUUGGGAAGUUUAAAAGAAAUGCUAGAUAAUUGUUAAACCACUUUUGUAUCCACAUUCCUAUGUGCCAUUAAACAGGUCCAGUGAUGUCACAUGUCAGUGUAAGAGUACCAAUAUAGACAAGCAAUGUAGGUGAAUGGACCUGUUCUAGUAUUUUAAUUUACAACACAUUGCCAAACAUAAAGGGGAGCAUGUCAACGAGUUUUGGCAGCACUGCACAUGUCAUCAACUUCUCUUUUUUCCCUGCAAGCACAUUAAAAUCAAAUAUUCUCAAGCUUUAUUCAUCUACCAAUAGAUAUUGUAAGCUAAUUUCAUAUCUUUAAUCAUUAGAAUGUCAUGCAUAAGUCAAAGACUUGAUCAAAGAUACUGACAAAGGCAGUAAACACAUUUCAUUGGAAGGGACCUGCAUCUUCCAAAAGUCUUGAUGCAAGGUUAAAAAAGUGAUGUUAAUCUUUUUCUGUUGUGUGCAAUAAAUAAAAUGCUUUGUUUCAA